GUUCGCCAGCAACGUUUAAACUAGUUAGGAGCGUGUUUACUCGCAAUCGACCAAUCGUUUAGUCGCCACUAUGUCAAUGACGCAAUGCUUGCUAUUCAUUAUCUUGGGUCUUAUGGGGUAUUUCGCAUAUUUCAUUCGAAAACGUUUGAACUAUUGGCAGGACCGCGGCAUACCAUGUGACCAGCCUAGCUACUUGCUUGGCAAUUUGGUUGGCAUGCAAACGACGCGUACGAUGGCAGAAAUUGCUUUGUCCACCUACAAUAAAUUCAAAGGAACUGGCCCAUUUUGUGGUUUCUAUUGGUUUCAUCGGCCGACGGUCUUCGUCUUAGACACCAGCUUGGCCAAAGCUAUACUCAUCAAAGAUUUUAAUAAGUUCACCGAUCGUGGUUUCUAUACGAAUCCCGAUGAUGAUCCACUUUCUGGACAUCUAUUUUCCUUGGACGGACAUAAAUGGCGCGCUAUGCGCAAUAAGCUCUCACCGACAUUUACGUCGGGCAAGAUGAAACAAAUGUUUCCAACUGUGACCAGAGCGGCCACUGAACUAGUGAAUGUGGUCAGUGAGGUAUUGAAGGACGGCUCUACGUUAGAGGUGCGUGAUUUUCUUGGGCGUUACACCACCGAUGUGAUUGGUUCAUGCGCCUUCGGCAUCGAUUGCAACAGCUUGAAGAACCCCAACGAACCAUUUCGGCAGAUGGGUAAACGCGUAUUCACAGAUCAGCGCCAUAAUAUUUUAGGCUUCGCGUUUAUUAUACUAUUCCCGAAAUUGUCACGUCGUCUUCAUAUUAAGAUAACACCUGAACACAUAACCGAAUUUUAUAUGCGCAUUGUACGUGAAAAUAUCGAGUAUCGUGAGACAAAUGGCAUCAAACGCAACGACUUUUUCGACAUGUUGUUGGAAUUGAAAAACAAUAAAAUGUUGAAAACGGCAGACGCUCAGCCAAUGGCCAAUAUAACCGUUGAAGAGAUGGCAGCGCAGGCAUUCCUGUUCUUGGCCGCCGGUUUUGAAACAUCAUCGACAACAAUGGGCUUCGCGCUCUACGAGCUGGCACAACAUGAGGAUAUGCAGCAGCGCGUGCGUGAAGAAGUAUGCGAAGUGCUGGAGCGGCACAAUGGCGAAUUCACCUACGAGUGUAUGGGUGAAAUGGUGUACUUGAAUCAGGUGAUAUCAGAAACACUGCGCAAACAUACAAUAGUGCCGAUGCUCACGCGUGAAUGCUCGGAGGACUACGAAGUGGCCGGCCAUCCGAAGUAUUAUAUCAAUAAGGGCAUGUUUGUGAUUGUACCGGCGGUAGGAAUACAUUUGGAUGACGAUUACUAUCCUACGCCCGAAGAGUUCAACCCCGAUAACUUUACGCCAGAAAAAGUGGCAGAACGCGAUUCUAUUGAGUGGCUGCCAUUUGGUGAUGGGCCACGUAAUUGUGUUGGUUUACGUUUUGGACUGAUGCAGACGCGUGUUGGCUUGGGGUACUUGCUCAAGAAUUUCCGAUUCGGUGUUAGUGAAAAAACACAGAUACCCAUAAAAUAUAACAAGAAGACAUUCUUAUCCAUGGCUGAGGGUGACAUUUACUUGAGGGUGGAGAAAGUGUCCAAAUAAGUUUGCGGAGUCUGGAGGCGGCUGACCACACGUAUUUGAGAUUAUUAAAAAAAAAUUACUAUAUUAUUUAAAAUGAAAUUUGAAUUGUAAACGGAGAGGAUUGAGUUGUGUCAUAUAAGUACACUUUUUUUAUU